AUGCUUUGCAUGCUGAUAUUCACAUUAGUAGUGAAACAGGCUUACCAACUAUCCGGUCCUGGUGGUGUCGGUUCCCACUCGCUCGCUGGUUGGCCCGUUUUUGCUUGUUUUGCUCUGGUUCGAUUUGAUCUGGUACAUGAGAACAAAGACGGUACUACUAGUCGCACCAGGCAAGCAUACCAGCACACUCUACAACAGCAUCAGGCAGGGCAAGACAAGACAAGACAGGACAAAACAGGACAGGGCAGGGCAGGGCAGGGCAGGGCAGGACAGGACAGAACUGGGUAA